AUGUCCUGGAAGGCCACAAACACGCACCUUCGCAUCCUCCACGAUGCAGAGAAGCGACAAUAUGGCGUGAUCGCUGCAAUCGCCUACAAUAUCGAGCACAUCCUCGGGCUCGUGAAAGCAGCUUCGCAAGCGCGAUCGCCUCUGAUUAUUCAAUUCUUUCCAUGGGCAAUCGAUGUAUCGGAUGGCUUGCUGGUGCGCACUGCCGCUGACGCAGCCAAGCGCGCUGACGUGCCCAUAUCCAUUCACUUGGACCAUGCCCAGUCGGAAGAUAUCAUACGAAGGGCGGUUGAUCUCCCAUUUGACAGCAUCAUGGUCGAUAUGUCUCAUUAUGAAAAGGAAGAGAAUCUUCGAAAAACGGCCGAGUUGGUUGCGCUUUGUAACGAGAAGCACAUCGCCACAGAGGCGGAACCAGGACGGAUUGAGGGCGGAGAAGAUGGAGUUAUGGACACGGCAGGGUUAGAGUCCUGCAUGACGACAGCCGAGGAAGUAGAAGAGUUUGUGGCGACGGGGGUAGAUGCUCUGGCUCCUGUUUUUGGUAACGUUCAUGGGGAGUACGGGCCUCUUGGGCCGAGGUUAGAUUUUGAGAGGUAUGCAAGCUAA